UUGCACUUGUGAAUGAGCUUAGCGGUACUUUAAGCGCACCAAAAUGAGACUCUCGCCUACGGUAAUCUUGUUAUUGUUCAUUCAAAGGACUUUGGCGUACCUGGCAACUAGCGAAAUACAACGUGAACGACGCAUAGUCGGCGGUGAGUUGGCACGAAUCGAACAAGUGCCACAUUUGGUGAAUAUACGUUUGAAUCGCUACUUCCAUUGUGGUGGUUCGCUGGUGACGCCACGUUGUGUUUUAACGGCAGCUCAUUGCAUCGGCCACAAUUCGCCGAACGAUUUUGUUGUGCGAGGUGGAAAUACUCGGCUGUCUGAUGUGGAAAAUCGGCGUACAGUUGAACAAGUUUUCGUACCGCCCGAGUAUAAUAAUCGCACAUUCGAGCAUGAUGUGGCCAUUAUGCGUCUGCAUACGAAACUACAAGGUGUGAAUAUCAAACCGAUAGCAAUCGGUGACUUUGCGCUCGCACAAGGCGAAUAUGUAACCGUUUCCGGUUGGGGUCUCACGCGUGAACAUGCUGUCCUACCACCGAAUCAUAUGCACACGGUGCGUCUUCGUGUUUUAGAGCAGGCGCAAUGUAAAGCCUUCUAUGAUGAUUAUCGUAAUGUAAGCGACACGAUGUUCUGUGCGUCGGUGCCGGGUGAAAAAGAUGCAUGUUUGGCAGAUUCCGGUGGGCCUGCAGUGGCGCGCGGUCGCCUUGUCGGUGUUGUGUCGUGGGGUAAAGGGCGUGAAUGUGGUCGCGCCGAUUCGCCGGGUGUCUAUGUGAGAUUAAAUAUGGUUAAGAAGUGGAUUAUGUCUGUACUGUACAAACACUGUUAGGAGACUAUGAAAAUUUAUCAAUAAUAAUGCGUUAAAUUUAAGUUAGCAUAGGUUGGUUUAUCGGGA